AUGGCUCCCAUAGACGGGGUUGCGUACGGCCUCCUUUUCCAAGACCCGGGCCAUGACUCCCUAUUCGUCCGCCGUCUCAGCUCCGGCCAAUCGUGCGCCACCCAGCUGGUGCACAGCUACACCACCGACGGCCUCCUCGUGCGCAAGACCCUCCGCCACUCGGACCGCGCUGUCGGGGGUACCGACCGCGCUGUCCAAGAGUUCGACCGCGACAUUCGCAUGGCCCGGCUCGUUCUCGACUGCGCGGCCGCCGUCGGCCACCCUCUCCGCGUCCCCCGGCUCCUCUCGGCGUCCUCCACCCCUGGCGGUGGCAUUGUCUCGCACUGGGACUUCUGCAACGGCGGCACGCUCCGGGCAUUCCUUGACCGCUGCGCCCAGGGCCCCGCCGUGCUCCCCCCGGGUCUCGCGCUGCACCUGGUGCUGCAGAUCCUCGAGACGCUCGACUUCAUGUACACGGGCAUGAAGUCGUCCGGCCUGGUCUACCACCGGGACCUGCACUCGCGCAACAUCAUGUUGCACUUUCCGUCCGGGAGCCCCAUCCCGGACGUGUACCUCAUUGACUUCGGCCGCGCAGUCCAGGUCAGGUCAGGCACCGGCCCGGAGGACGAUCCCUUCACCUGGUGGGACAUCGGCUGCGUCCUGGGGAUCAUCCGCCAGGACCUAGCCGCCCUGACCCGCCCCCGAACCCACCGCAGCACGGGGCACAUGGCCCGCCACUUCAACAAGAAGCGGCCAUCCGACAGCAAGCACGACAAACACCCGCUCCGCGCUGCCUACCACAUGCUCGACGACCUGCACCACGCCUUCGCCAACAACAUCGAAGCCGCCAUCAAGGAUCAGGGCCGCCGGCGCAGAGAAGCGAAAAAGUCGCGCCUGCCGAUCCCGCCGGAACCGGUCGCGAUGCCGCCACCGCCCUCGCUGAAGCCCGUCCUGUCCUUCCUCCGCCGCGCCGUCAAGAAACACUUUCCGCGCCACCCCGGUGCGCCCGACGCCGCAUUCAACGAUGAGUUUCGCGAGUUGGUGCUCAUCCCCGCGCGUGAGAGGGCCGAGGCCGUGAAUGGGAUGCUGCCCCGGCUGUGCCACGGUGUGGGGAAUCUGCUGCGGACGCCGGAGAAUGAUGAGGUCAAGGGGCCGUGGGAUGUAGCUGAGAUAGAUGGGUCGGAUCCGGGGUUUGCCAUCGUGAAUGUGCUGCCUGGUCUGGUUGGGGCGUACAGCAGGUUGAGUACCCUGGAUGUCCAUGUUGAAGAUGAAGAUUCGGAUGAGGAUUCUGAGGAGGAGAAUCAGAUCUGGUGA